AUGCCUUACAAAACAUGCGUAUUAGCGAAGACAAGGAAUUUUUGAUUCUACAAAGUCAAAAAGGUCGGCCUGGUAGCAUGGCCGGUGCUGACAUGGUAUUGUAUCGGCGACAAAACAGAGCAGAUCACCGCAUUGAGAAAGAAAUGUCUAGGAAAAGGAAACAUCAACAAAUGUCGGAAGUGAAUCUCGAACUCAACGAACUCGACGAUUUUGGUAUGGACUAUGAAGAAGAUAUUGGUGACAGUGAGCCUGAAGUAGCGGAAACCAAUGUGAAAAAAAAUACAAAACACACUGCUUCAACUUGUACUAACAGGGGAAGAAAACAUUUUAUCACACCGCGAUUGCUUUCAGCACUUGAUAGCGCCAAAGUAAGCGAUGGAAAGGCGAUGCACAUUCUGAUGGCGACUGCAGAAGCAUUGGGCCAUUGCACUAGCGACUUGGUAGUCAAUCGUUCUACUCUCCAUAGACUGAGGGAAGAGCAUCGCAGAAAAGAAUCACAGAGGAUUCAAGAGAGUUUUAUUGACAAACUAAGUGAUACACAAGCAAUGGUCGUCCACUGGGAUGGUAAAGUAUUGCCAGAUCUAAUUGGAAAAAUAAAAGUUGAGCGAAUUGCAGUGCUUGUUAGUUAUAAUGGCGAAUCCAAAUUUCUAGGCGCUCCAAAACUUAUAUCUGCCACUGAUCGCGUAGAAGGCAUGUCUUUUGACACCACGUCCACUAAUACUGGUCCAAUAAAUGGAGCAUGCGCUCAAUUGCAACGCAUGUUAGGAAGAAAUUUGUUGACGUUACCAUGCCGUCACCACAUUCUAGAAAUAUACUUGCGUAGUGUAUUCGACCUGCAUUUCAAAGUGACUCAAGCACCAGAAGUCUCAAUUUUCGAGAGAUUUGCCAAAGCCUGGCCAAAUAUUGACACUUCAUCAUUUAAGAGUGGGCUCGACUGUGGAGAUAUAAAAUCUCAUAUAAGUGAUGGCAUCUGCAAUGACAUCAAACAAUUUUGUCAUUCACAAUUACAAAAAACGUUUGUUCGUGCUGACCACGAAGAAUUUUUACGUCUAGUACUUACAUUUCUUGGUGACAAUGGUGGUAAAUUUAAAACUCCCGGAGUUACAAGUCAUGCACGUUGGAUGUCAAAGGGAAUAUAUUCCUUGAAAAUAUUUCUGUUUCGUGAUCAAUUUCACUUGAGUAAAGCUGAAUUAAAAGGUUUAAGUUAA